AUCACAGUGUUAUCGUUUGUUAAUUUCAGAUUUUUCAGAAGACACACCUGUGAUUCCCUGUCUGCCUGCUGUGUGUCGGUGAGACGGACCGGACGCGAUGCUGUGCGCACCAGGAGGCGCCACCCUGCCGCAUCCUUUCUAGCGCUCCCAGUCCGACGGCUUGGAUCGUCGGAGUCCCUUUUAUUGUUAUUUUGCGCGCAGGAUCACGAAUAAUUCGGCUGGAGAAUGUCUCUAAAGGCAAAGCAGUGUGAAUCAGUCAAGGUGGUGGUGCGCUGCCGCCCCCUGAACCGUAAAGAGGAGGCGAUGGGUUAUGGCACCAUCGUAGAUCUGGAUGUUAAACUGGGCCAGGUGGCGCUGCGCAAUCCGCGGGCCGCACCGGGAGAACCGGAUAAAACGUUUACUUUUGACGCCGUGUACGAUGCCGGAUCCAAACAGGGCGACCUGUACGAUGAGACCGUGCGGCCGCUGGUGGACUCGGUGCUCCGCGGGUUUAACGGGACGGUCCUCGCAUAUGGGCAGACUGGCACCGGGAAGACGUACACGAUGCAGGGUGAAUGGACGGAUCCGGAGCAGCGCGGCAUUGUGCCCGCUUCUUUUGAGCACAUAUUUACGCACAUCUCCCGCUCCCAAAACCAACAGUACCUGGUGCGGGCCUCGUACCUGGAAAUCUACAGGGAGGAGCUACGCGACCUGCUCGCUCCAGAUAACGGAAAGAAACUCGAGCUGAAGGAGAACGCAGAGUCGGGCAUCUACGUGCGUGACUUGUCUUCGUUCGUGGCUAAAAACGUGAAGGAAUUGGAACAUGUAUUGAACGCUGGAAACCGUGCAAGAUCAGUCGGUGCUACCGACAUGAAUGAGCACAGCUCGCGCUCUCAUGCGAUCUUUAGCAUCACCGUGGAGUGCAGCCGACCUGGACCGGACGGUCGGAACCACAUUCGCGUUGGCAAGCUAAACCUCGUAGAUCUGGCUGGCAGUGAGCGCCAGAGCAAAACUGGUGCCAGCGGUGAUCGUCUCAAAGAGGCCACCAAGAUCAAUCUGUCCCUCUCGGCUUUGGGUAACGUGGUGUCCGCGCUAGCAGACGGCCGCGGCGCGCACGUACCUUACCGCGACUCCAAGCUGACGCGCCUGCUGAGAGACUCUCUGGGUGGAAACGCAAAAACCGUAAUGGUAGCCACGCUCGGUCCUGCCAACUUUAACUACGAAGAGUCUUUGAGCACCCUGCGCUAUGCCAACCGUGCCAAGAACAUUAAGAACGCACCGCGCGUUAACGAGGAUCCCAAAGACGCGCUGCUCCGCGAGUUCCAGCGCGAAAUCGCCCGUCUCAAAGCACAGCUGCAACGGCAAGGUAUGCUCAGCCACCGGAGGAAAAAGAGGAACGGAGAGGAGCAACUGAUAAAUGAUGAGGAUGAUGAAGGUGAAGAAGAUGUGGACGAUGGUGACGAGUUUGAGGAAAGGAUGGAGAAGGAGGCGCAGGAGUUCAUAAAGGAACAGCAGGAGAAGCUGGAGCAGGAGAAGGAGGCCAUCAAGGAUGAUCGCUCACUGGUAGCUGAGGAAAAGCAAAAGCUGCUGGAGGAGAAGGAGAGAAUGAUGGAGGUUCUGAGGAAGGAACAGGAGGCCACUGCGCUCCUCACAGCCAAGUUUAAGGCGAUGGAGAGCAAGCUUCUGGUUGGAGGAAAGAACAUCAUUGAUCACACCAAUGAACAGCAGAAGAUGCUGGAACAGAAACGACAAGAGAUUGCAGAACAGACACGUACAGAGCGGGAGAUGCAGCAGCAGAUGUUGAUUCAGGACGAGGAAACACUGGAGUUGAGAGAAACAUUCACCUCCCUGCAGCAGGAAGUGGAGGCCAAAACCAAAAAACUCAAAAAGCUGUAUGCUAAACUACAGUCGGUGAAAGCCGAGAUUCAGGAUGUGAACGAUGAGCAUGUUAGGACCAGACAGGAACUGGAACAGACGCAGAACGAACUCACCAGGGAGCUUAAAUUCAAGUACUUGAUCAUAGAGAAUUUUAUUCCACCCGAGGAGAAGAAUAAGAUCAUUAACCGGCUGGUGUUUGAUGUGGAUGAGGACCAGUGGAAGUUCCAGCCUCUUGUCCCUGCAGAGAAUAGGUUCACUCAGAUGAAGAGGAGACCAAACUCCGCCGUGGGCUACAAGCGCCCAAUCAGCCAAUACGCCAGGUCGGCCAUAGCAAUGGGAGCACACUCCAGAUACAGGGCUGAGAACAUCAUGCUACUGGAGCUGGACAUGACUCCACCCACACUGUUUCAAAUGGACUUCACAAAAGAGGGGUUAGAGAUGGAGCCAGGUGGAGAUGUGCACUUAGACAACGCUUCAUACAUAGAAAAAUCAGCUGCCAGUCGGGUCAGGAAGUCCCAGUCAUGGUGCCAAGCUCCGCGGCCCAUGUCUUCCUCAAGCUCGGCAUUAUCGCUAUCCUCCUCAGGUUCCAACGGUCUGGCUCACUCCCUCAACACUGCUAUUGCAACAGCUCAACAAUGAGACCCCCAAUGAGCACAACCUCAUCACUUCUGGUCCCUUUGGAUUUUCACCCAUGAGGAAUUAGAAGGGGUCAGUCAUCCCGCUACUUUUUGCCAAGUAAAAUAGGAUUAAAAAACCUAUUAUGCUAAAAACUCUGAGUCUUGCAGGGGAUGAAGAUCAAAUAUGAAGUUGAAUCGAGCUCUGUCUUUGUUCAACAUGAG